GUUAUUCUAUGUCUUUCAUAUGUCUCACCUUCAACAAUAACAACAAUGGAAACAAAGCCCAGAAAACCCACCACCAACGUCGCUCAAGCCAGCUCCCGCAAGGGCUGCAUGAGAGGCAAAGGCGGACCCGACAACGCCUCAUGCACAUUCAAAGGCGUUCGCCAGCGUACUUGGGGCAAAUGGGUCGCUGAAAUUCGCCAGCCAAAUCGCGGCGCUCGACUCUGGCUUGGCACGUUCGACACCGCCCAUGAAGCUGCCGUGGCUUACGACGCUGCCGCUCGUAAGCUCUAUGGGUCUGAUGCUAAGCUCAACCUCCCUCAAACUGCGUCAGAGCCUCAACAGUCUGCGCCCACCGUUGCAAUGCCGUCGGCCUCUCCACCGGUGGCGGAGAUGGAGCCAGUCGGAGGGCUGUGGGGAAGUGAGGAUGUGAAUUUUGAUGAGUCGAUAUGGAGAGAGGCGGUGAUGUCUUUGGAUUUUCCUAUGAUUGGUGAUGAUGAAGGGUUUUAUUUCGAUGGGGUGGGAGGCCGGGACGCUAUGCAGUGGUGCAUGUGAUGCGAUUCAAUAUUAUACGUAGAUAAUCAUAUGUGUGUGUAAAAA